GGAAAGAUUUCCUGGCUGCCUGUUUGUAUCCCUGAGUCACCACAGACCCCCGCCCUCCAACGUGGGAUGUUAACCUUGGAGCAAUAUGGAGAUUAGCUGCAGAGCUGAAGCAGAGUCCCAAAGGAGCUUCAGUUCUGCAGAAUCUACACAGCCUACUUUACCAUACAUUGGCCAGAUGCUAGCGCUUGGGACGUCCGAGCUGACAACUGGAAUCCCUCAAGGAGUCACUCAGGAGCAAGCUGUGACCAGUCGGAGGGAGUGACACAUCUGCGCUCAGUUCCUCCUCACCAUCCUCACCUCCUUCUCACGUGCUUGCGGGCUGUUCGGCAGAAGUGAGCCCCGUGGCUCUGCCAAAGACAAGCCUGUUGCGUUUACAGAAGGGGAAAAAAAAAAACCAACAAAACCAAAAACCCAAACAAACCUCGGGCAAAGUCACGGCAUUGAAAUCGUUACCCUGAAGAAACUGCGCGGAGAAGUGUGCAAAGAUGAAUGGCCCGGUGGAUGGCUUGUGUGACCAUUCUCUAAGUGAAGAAGGAGCGUUCAUGUUCACAUCAGAGUCGGUCGGAGAGGGACACCCGGACAAGAUCUGUGACCAGAUCAGUGAUGCCGUGCUGGAUGCCCAUCUGAAGCAGGACCCCAAUGCCAAGGUGGCCUGUGAGACGGUGUGUAAGACGGGCAUGGUGCUGCUCUGCGGCGAGAUCACCUCCACGGCCACGGUGGACUACCAGCGGGUGGUGAGAAGCGCCAUCAGGCACAUUGGCUAUGACGACUCUGCCAAGGGCUUUGACUUCAAGACCUGCAACGUGCUGGUGGCUCUGGAGCAGCAGUCCCCGGAUAUCGCCCAGGGCGUACAUCUGGACAGGAGUGAGGAGGACGUCGGGGCUGGAGACCAGGGUUUGAUGUUCGGCUAUGCCACCGAUGAGACGGAAGAGUGCAUGCCCCUCACUGUUAUCCUCGCUCACAAACUCAACGCCCGGAUGGCAGACCUCAGACGCUCCGGGGUCCUCCCCUGGCUGCGGCCUGACUCCAAGACUCAGGUGACAGUUGAGUACACCCAGGACAAUGGCGCGGUCAUCCCCAUGCGCAUCCACACCAUCGUCAUCUCCGUACAGCACAACGAGGACAUAACCCUGGAGGACAUGCGCAAGGCCCUAAAGGAGCAGGUGAUCAAGGCCGUGGUGCCCGCCAAGUACCUGGACGAAGACACCAUUUACCACCUGCAGCCCAGCGGGCGGUUUGUCAUUGGCGGUCCCCAGGGGGACGCGGGCGUCACUGGCCGUAAGAUUAUCGUGGACACCUAUGGUGGCUGGGGGGCGCACGGUGGCGGGGCCUUCUCUGGGAAGGACUACACCAAGGUGGACCGCUCGGCGGCAUACGCGGCCCGCUGGGUGGCCAAGUCCCUGGUGAAAGCGGGGCUCUGCCGGAGAGUGCUCGUGCAGGUUUCCUAUGCCAUUGGUGUGGCUAAGCCACUGUCCAUUUCCAUCUUCACCUACGGAAGCUCUCAGAAGACAGAGAGAGAGCUGCUAGAUGUGGUCAGUAAGAACUUUGACCUUCGGCCCGGUGUCAUCGUCAGGGAUUUGGAUUUGAAGAAGCCCAUCUACCAGAAGACGGCGUGCUAUGGCCAUUUCGGAAGAAGCGAGUUCCCGUGGGAAAUUCCCAAGAAGCUUGUGUUUUAGAGCUGGUGGGAGUGGGGCCGGGCCUGGCUCUGAAGGCAUCUGGGUGGCCUGCUUCCUCUUCUUCAGCACCCCAGCUCUCACAUGUCCCAGACCCAGGGCUCUGACUGCCCUCCCAGGGAGUGCCUUCCCACCCCCCACCCCCUCCUGGACCAAGCCACACCCCUAGGGUUAGCCCUGUGCUGUCAUCACUGUGAAUGGCAGGAGGCUUGCUGGUGCUGGGGGUCACAUCUCCUCAGGAGGGUGGUCACAAUGUUCCCCUGCUUUUCCCUCAGACCUAGGCCAUGUUCAUUUAGUGGAAAAACCAUCCCUAUCAAGAGUAAAUCCCCUCACUCACCUCCCCCGUGAGCGGUCCGCUCCUCCCUCACAGAUCUCAGGGAUCCUGGGUGUGCCGGGUCAGCCCUUCACAUCUGUGGCCUGUGUCCUAAGCCAGGGCCUUCACAGAGGCCUCCCGGGCUAGGCAUCUGGCCAAGAUAGGAACAGGGGCUGACAUCUAAGCGUCUACAAACGUGUGAGGGACUGAGCUAAUUACUGAUCUCAUUUCUUCUUCACUGCAACAUGAUGAGGUUAACACCUCAUUCCCACUUCUAUAGGGGGAAACUGAGGCACAGACUACGUAGGUAACUUCCCCAAGGUCCCAUAGCCACACGUGUCAGGACCUAGACAUGAGUCGCGGAGCUCUGACUCAGGAACCCGUACGCCCCCCAGCCCCGUUGCCAUCUCAUGCCAGAUGCAGGCCUGAGCAAUGACAAAGCAGAUUUGAGAUGAAGCUGUGUGACCUCUGCCCUGAAGACCUGAGGUUGCUGCGAUUAGGGGAUUAACCCCUGGCUCUUGGUGAGCCCGGUGAUAUGCAAAGUCAGGACAGAGAAGCUCAGGUGGCCAACUCAGGUGGCCAGCCCCUUAGGGCCCCAGAACCCUGUGUCCUUCAAGUCCUUCUCUCUCUUCAGCCUCGUUGUCUGAGCCCUACUAUAUACCCACUAUUAGAAUAAGUGGGUGAGGGCGCCUGGGUGGCUCAGUCGGUUCAGCGGCUGCCUUCAGUUCAGGUCAUGGUCCCAGGGUCCUGGGAUCGAGUCCUGCAUCGGGCUCCCUGCUCAGUGCGGAGCCUGCUUCUCCCUCUCCUUCUGCCAUUCCCUCUGCUUGUACACUUCUGUCUAUCUCUCUGUCAAAUAAAUAAAUAAAAUCUUAAAAAAAAAUAGAAUAAGUGGGUGAGCCCCUCAGAUGCCCCUUUCAGAGAGGCCAACUGUGAGGCCCAAACAUCUGUGACCCAGAUGGCAGGGCUGAACUCCUAGUGGUAGACAAGUUGGCUGGGAUGUCAUGAGGGAAUCCUGCCUUGCCAGGUGGCUUCUGGGCCACAGUACCCACGGGGCCUGAGUGUUCCUCGGUGUGCUAAGGUCUUGGAAGCUGCACAUUCACCUGCCUUUCCAUCCUUGGCCAGCACUACCUACCCUGCCUGUCCUCAGCCUGGGCCUCUGACAGCAGCAUCUCGGCCUUCUCCCUAGCUGCCCAGACCACAGGCUGGGUGGGGGCCUCCACAGAUCCCAAGAGCUGGAGACUGGGCUUCUUUCCAGGGCGUGUGAUGCUGAUUCUGGCUGGGACAGGCAGCCCACGAAGCCUCAUCUGGGGAAAAGACUGCCAGCAUCUGGGCUCUAGGCCUGAAGCACAAAGACCCGAGGCUCUUCUCUUUCCGUCAGAGAAAAGGCAGCCCUUCCGGGAAGAAAAAAGAAGCCCAAAUUUGCAUCUAAGCCUAGAGCUUGUGUCUGUUCUGGAGGCUCUGGUGUGUCUGCGGGCACCGAUCACCCAGCAAGUCUCAAGCUCUCCUUCCAGGAGAGGGAGGUGCAGGUUUGUGGACAGCGAGUUCCUCUCACUCAGGCCAUAUUAGAAGUCAAAAUUCACAAUUGUAUACUUUCCCCACUCCCUAGAGAAACAAGAUCUUUUUUGGUGUCAACAUUGUUUAUAAGAAUCUAGAACCUUUUUUAACAGCUCCUGCUAUGACAGGAUAAAUCAAACGGAAUAAACAGCCCUUCAGUGAGUCAAACUGAAA